AUGAAAAUUGUGACAACCACCGCCAGCACUCCACCUCCUCGAAGUACUGUAGCAGCUUUGCAGCUGUUGACUUUCAGAGUUAUGGAGUACUUCUCUGACCAGGGAGGUAUUGAUCUGGGAACAGCUUUUGGUGGGGGUAGCCCAAGAAGGGAUGCUAAGAACAAUUGUGAUGUAAAUGAGGAUUCUCAUAACUUGAAUACCAUCACAUCGUGUGCAUCAACUAAAGGAAGUUCGAGAUUCUAAGGAAUAUGAUUGUUAAAAUUUCAGAUUUGUGCAAAUGUUACUUUAUUGUUUAAUAAAAAGUUGUAUAUGAUAACGAAUGAUCUCCAUGAGCAUAUAAAGAUUUCAUUAUAUCUGAUUGCAAACAUCCGCAGGAUCCAUGCAUCAGAGUAUCAUUAAAUAUGUUGAUGAGUCACCAAAUAUAAAGUAUAAUUCAAUUAUAUACAUAGAAGUUACACUCUGAGCUAUGAGUAUUAUCAGUUAUAGUUUUGUGUGAUCAAAUAGGUCCUGUUGUGCAGAUUUGCAACAAAGUUUUAGUCUUGUCUAGAGCUAGUUACAUAAAAGAGAGUAGAUGUUGAAUAAAAGAGAAACAUGUGUGAUAUUCAGAAGAAAUUUUUGUGUCCACGACUUGUGGACUAUUUGGCUAUUGUGGGAGCACGUCCACCAUCGGCUCCUGGUUCUACUGGGAAACAUGGUGGAGCUGUAUCAGGUACACCUCCUGUACAGGCUCCUGAACUACUGCGCCGUUAUCCAACAGAAGACCAUAAAGACUUUCCAUUGCCUUUGGACAUGGUUUAUUUCUGUCAACCUGAAGGUUGUGUAUCAGUGGGUCCAAGAAGAACUGCUCUUCGAGAAGCUACCUCUUUCGUUUUUACUUUGACGGAGAAAGAUUCUGGCAAAAGUCGAUAUGGAAUCUGCGUUAAUUUCUAUCGCCCCAUUGAGCGAGCACCACCUGGGGGUGGCACGCCCGGCGCAACACGCAGAGAUCGUCACUCCUCCACAUUUCGCAGGGAAUCUUGGAGAAAAAGUAUGGAGAAGAGUUCUGAUUCUGCAUUUUCGAGUGAUUACCGGAGCAGUAACGUGGCUCCUAGUGACUCUGACCGGGAUUGUCCCAGCAGGCGGGACUCGGACACCUCCCAUGGUCAUCUACACCAGCCUCCCACUCCAAGAUUGGGUGUUGUAGCACCAGGCAAUGAUUCGGAGAGUGGUGGCUCCCAUUCUCCAUCUCCUCGUGCCAGCCGACGGCGUCAGAGGAUACGAAAUCACUCAUUGACAUCAUUGUGUCUGCUGUCUCAUCAUCCAUUUUUUUCAAUGUUUCGUGAGUGUCUAUUUAUUUUAAAGAAGUUAAUUGAUGCUUGCAAUGAAAAUACUUCUCCUCGCCGUGUAGGAGCAUCUCGUCAAAUUUCAAGAGAUACUGUGUGGAGUGUUCUGACCGGCAGGGCAUAUGAAGGAACUCCAUCCAUUGUUUUACAUGAUGUUCGUGAAAUAGAAAUGUGGAUUUUGAGGCUGUUGAGUGCUCCAGUCCCUGUUCCCGGGAAAACUAGAGUUGAGGUUGAGAUUCUGUCACAAAGUCUUCAUCAACCAUUGAUAUUUGCUCUGCCUGAUCAUACUCGAUUUUCAUUGGUUGACUUUCCUUUACAUCUUCCACUUGAACUUCUUGGAGUGGAUAUUUGCCUUAAAGUUUUAACUCUCAUUCUUCUCGAACACAAGCUUGUUAUGCAGUCACGGGAUUACAAUGCUCUAUCCAUGUCUGUUAUGGCGUUUGUGACAAUGAUUUAUCCACUUGAAUAUAUGUUUCCAGUAAUUCCAUUGCUUCCAACAUGUAUGAGUUGUGCAGAGCAGUUAUUAUUGGCCCCAACACCUUUUGUAAUAGGAAUUCCUGCUAGUUUUCUCAUGUACAAGAAGAAUUUUAGGCUGCCUGAUGACAUCUGGCUUGUAGACUUGGACUCUAACAAAAUAACUCCUCCUUCUGGAAGCCUUGAUGACCUUCCACUUCUCCCAGAACCAGAGGGUACUAUUCUAAAAAAUCACCUAAAACAGGCUAUGCAACUCAUGGAUCAAGUUGGCGCUGGUGCCUUGAGUAGUAUGUCUGUGGCUGCUCCGCCUCCUGGAGACCGUGGACUUCAAGACCCUGAGCAAGUGAGGCGUGAAAGUAUAAGUGCAGCUUCUGUUGGGAUGCCUUCUUCAGUUCCUAGUCCUGCUUUGUAUGGUCAGCACAUGCGAAGCCCAAUUAGUAGACGUGAUUCUGUGGUGUCCCAAGUUGAGGCAGCAGGAGUAAGUGCACUGCCUCCACAACUGCAACAUUUGCAGCAACAAAAACAAUUACAGUUGCAACAACAGCAACAGCAGUUACAAAUGCACCACCAGCAGCAAUUUCAACAUCAACAGCAGCACCAGCAGCCACAGCAACAGCAGCAGCUAUCAUAUCAACAAACACAGCAAUUACAACUACAACAACAGCAGCAUCAACAACAGCAACAAUUACAAGGUCAACAACUUCAGUCCCAUCAACAGCCAGGUUUCCCUCAGCAUGUUCAACUUCCUCCAAGCACUGGCUUUAAUCCUUUCAUAUAUGGCAAUGAUGUUGAUUCAGUUGAUGUAGCAACAAGAGUGGCAAUGGUGAGGUUUUUCAAUUCCCAGAACCUUCUGGCAAACUUUACUGAGCAUACACGAACUUUGAGGCUCUACCCACGGCCUGUUGUAGCUUUUCAAAUUAAUAGUUUUCUGCGGUCACGGCCUCGAACUUCUCAUUUUCUGAAUCGUUUUGCUCGAACACAGGCGGUGGAAUUUCUUGCUGAGUGGUCAUUGACCCCAAGUAAUGUUGCCUUUUUGAGAGUGCACACUGGUGUAUUUGAUCCUACUUUAAUAGGCGAUAAACCCAAAUGGUAUGCUCACACUUUAGAUCCUAUUCGCUUCAUAGUAUGGGAUGAGGGAAGCUCUUUGAAUGGAGCUCUUCGAUCUCUGAAACAACAAGAACAGCCCACAGAUGAAAGUGGGUCAGAUUCUGAAGGAGCUGAAAGUACAAGUUCUUCGUACUCAUCUUUGAGUGAUUUUGUGUCUGAAAUGGUGUCUUCCGACCUUUCUCCAAGUUUUCAACCUGCAACACCACAUCAAGAAAGAAGUGAAUUUUUCUCUCAAACUAUUCCUCCCACACACAUGUCUUUGUCUAGUGGCCUUGAUCCUCGGUCUGUGUACCAUCCACCAUCUGCACUCCAACUUCCUGGAACAGUACUAGAUGAACAAGCCGUAACAAGUCGUCCUGAUUCCCCUCAUUCAACAUCAUCAAGCCACAGUGAUCUCAGUUCACCUAGCUUUAACAGAGACUCUGAAAUGGAGUUUGCAACAAGACUGCAGGGAGAAAAUGUUGAAACUCUGAAGACUGAUGUAGUGGAUAAAGAAGAGGUGUUGAGUCCUGGAGGGGAAUCAGAUUCUAAUUCUACUACAACCACACCUAAGACAAUUAUAAGUAAUCAAUCCUCACUUCCACACCACUCUCCUACCCCAAGUUUGGGGAGUGAGACAUCUUUGGGAGGAUCAGACAGGGACCGGCCUGGGACACCUAAGUCUCGACUAGUUCGAUCUGCCACUCCUGUACCACCCCCCAGCCCUGGUCCACAGAGACAACCAAGUAUUGGUAAUGUAUUGGCGCGGACAUCUAGCUUUGGCUCACCUGGUUCUGGCGGUGGAGUAACACGACAAGGGAGUCAGACAUCCUUAUUUGAGCAGUUUGCAAGCUCAGCGAAAGAACUGGUUCGAGAGACUACCAGGCAGAGCAGUCAGGAUGGACUUUUGGCUCAAAUGGACAAGUUGAAACUACAUGCUAAAGAAAGAAUUACGGAAGCUGCACAUGAGGAUAGCAGUUUAUUCGCACCUUUAGAGCAGCUUACUAUACAAGCAAAAAAAGCUGCUGAAGAAGCAUCCAAGUCAAUGCAUGAAGCCUCAAAAACUGCUUUAGAAGCUAGCAAAACAGCAGCAGGUGUGAGCAAAAACACAUUUGAAGAUUUAACUUAUGUGGGCAAGAGCACAUUUGGAGAUUUAACAAAGAGUGCCAAGGAAGUGGCUACAAAGAAAGGUCUAUUGAAGGCAUUGGGUGAUUCACGAGAACACCCUCACCAAGGACCUGGACCUCAUCAUCCCCAUCCUCACAUGCAGCAGACACCACAGCAACAGACUAUGCAGCAACGUGUGCCAGCACAACAUGCUUCAUAUGUACAGCCUUCACACAGUCAACCACCUGCCCACAUACCUCCAGCACAUGGACAUGCAGGCGCACCGAUGUCAUUAGCUCCUGGUCCUAGUUCAUCAUUGGUGCAGACUGACCUGAGUCGAGCAGCAGGCCGUGAUUUACUUGGUGCAAGUUCUAGAGAAUUCUUUUCUAAUAUGAGUUCGGAAUUGAAUGGCAUUGCAGCACAGACGUCUAGUAUGUUCAGUGGCAUAUUUGGAAGUAAGAGUGGUACCAGUCCUCGUAGUGCAAGUCCCAGUACAACAGCAUCAGCUCCAAAACCUAAAGAGAAAGCACAGCCAUUUGGACCUUUUCCCAAAGGUCGUAAAGGCUUAGUGGAAAAGUCUUCCUUGAUUCGUCAUACUACCAGCAAGAGUAGACAAGAAGAAUUGCAGAGAAUGCAGAGUGCUGAAAGAUCAUCCACCAAUUCUGAAAAUCAGGCAUUUUUGAAGGAUGUUGUAAGCCAAGUAUUGGAAGGAGAAGGAGUGGGUUGGUUAAAGUUAAAUCGUUUGAAAAAACUAAUGGAGGAUGAAAGCUAUCGAAACUUUGUUGUUAGCAAAUUAAACAGGACUCUUGAGAGGAAAAUUAGUCCUGAUGAUCACAUUGAUGAUGUGUGUGUCAGUCGAGCUGUUUGGAAAGGUAUGCUGAAAACAUUGCAAGCAGUGGUGUAUGGUCUUGAACAAACAUAUUCCAAUUUUGGAUUAGGUGGUAUGGCAUCUGCGUUUCAAGUACUUGAGAUUGCUCAUACCCAUUAUUGGACAAAAGAUUUGACUGAAGCUCAGGGUUUAGAUUUAGGAGGAAGUGGUACAGCAAUGCUUUCUCAGGCAUCUAGUCCAUUUGGUAGCCAUGAAAAUUUGAAGUCACCACAAAGUCCUCAUGGUUCUCCAUUGCCAGUACAUUCAGAUUUUUAUUCAGAUGUUUCUCGAAAGUCGUCUCAGAGUGGAGUGUACGAUUCUCCUCCAAUGGUGAGACUCGUUCAUGAUCCUUUACAAGGGGCAACGAGUGAGGAAGUUGGAGACAGCCCAUCUGCUGCAGAUAUGCUGCGGGAUCUUCUGAACCAGAAACGUCACAUGCUUUUGUCAAAACUCACCUCUAUUGAUUCGGAGGGUGGGACUGAGAAUACUUUACACGGCUCAACCGAGGGUGUCGCUUCUUGCAAUGCUUCUGAUGCGGGCAGCAUCAUCACAAACCCGGCGUUCACAAGACAAAGGGCCGGGCACCAGGCUUCAUUCCGUAGUACUGUGUCCGAUAGUGAAAUAGAGCAAGGCAAUUUCCCACGUCAACCAAAACAACGCACUCCAAGUGUGUGGUCCAGCAAAUCAUCAUUAAGCACUGGAUUUCGUUACCAUGGUGGUAAUAUGAUCAAUACAUCAACAACACCUAGUCCUGAUACUGGUCGAACAUAUUUAUUUGAAGGCCUCAUUGGAAAAGAAAGAUCUACAUUAUGGGAUCAAAUGCAAUUCUGGGAAGAUGCUUUUCUUGAUGCAGUUUCUCAAGAGCGUGACAUGGUGGGAAUGGAUCAAGGACCAGGAGAAAUGAUGGAAAGAUACAAUUCAUUGAGUGACACAGAACGUAAAAGGCUUGAGCAUGAUGAAGACCGUCUUCUAUCUACAAUGCUCUACAAUUUAGUGGCUAUUAUGGUGAUGAUGAAUGUAAAUAAAUUGGAAGUAAAGCGGAAAGUGCGGCGACUACUUGGCAAAAGUCAUAUUGGAUUGGUAUACAGUCAGGAAGUUAAUCAGUUGUUGGACCAGAUAAACAAUUUGCAUGGAAAUGAUAUAGACUUGAAGCCUCUUGGUUCAAGACAAAUGCAUCGUCAGAGCUUCACUGUCCAUGCAGGUGUGGAUCCUUCUGGUGAUUUGCUUUUUCUUGAGGUGCGAGAAGAUGGACUUGUGCUCAGAUCUGUGAAUGGCACUAUUGUUGAACGAUGGUGGUUUGAGCGAUUGGUCAAUAUGACAUACAGCCCAAAGAACAAAGUUUUGUGCCUGUGGAGGAGAAAUGGAGGCCAAACACAGCUACAUAAAUACUACACUAAGAAGUGCAAGGACCUCUACUAUUGUAUCAAGGAGGCCAUGGAGCGUGCAGCAAGUAGAGGUAGUGGCCCAUUGGCAGGAGUAGAGCUUGGUGGCGAGUUUCCUGUACAGGACAUGAAGACAGGGGAGGGGGGAUUGCUGCAAGUGUGCAUGGAGGGUGUCGGCCUACUCUUUGCCAACAGCAAGGUAUAUUUCGUGUUUCAUUAUUCAGUUGCAAAUGUAAAAUAAGGCAAUUUAGAAUUUCACUUAAAUGUAUAAUUAUGUGAACUUCAAUGGCUAUUGGACAUUGUUUAAAUAUUUACUUAAAUAUGACAAAUCUUUUUUGUUGUAAUCUGUAUGAUGUACAGUGUGAUCAUUCAGAGAAAAUACGAGAUAAAAUGAAUAGUCACUGUAGUUCUUGUAAUUAUAAUUUAAGUUUUAAUUGAAGAAGGAAAAAAAGCUGAAGUUGAUCAGAUGUGCCAUCACUUGCCAAACUUUUGUGAUUUGAAAAUAUAUUCACAUUGUUUGCUGUUGUUUUUCACUAUUUUGUGUUUCUGUGUAAGGCAAACUACUCAGCUUUAGUGGGUGGUUAGUUUUGCAUGGAGAGGCUUAUUUUGAAUCGUUUUGUUUUUUAUUACAAGAAUUUUGAAAAAGAAGCAUUACAUCUCUUCAGCUCUUCUUCCCUUUAUGUUCCUCUGUGGAUUUCUCCCAGAAGACAGAUAAUUGAAGUAUGAACCUGUGAGCCAUAAUUUAGCCCAGGGGUUGAAAUCCAGCCCACCAGAACCCUUUGUAAUGUGUGGAUAUUACAUGAUUUUACCAGGAGAACAUUUGAAAUUGCUGUUGAUGGAAUGUCCCUUAAAACCAGAGGCCUGAAAGGUAUUUUUGCCUAUCAGUGAUUGCAGUUUCAUUAUUUUGCCCCGACUUUAAUGCUCGAGUCAUUAGUCAAAUUCCUCUUUGUUUUAUUUCUGAAAGAUUUAUGUCGGCAUUUUUUUUAUCUUUGCAUUGGUAAAUAACUGCAUCUUGUUUUGGCCAUGAGAAUGCAUGCAUGAGGGCAGCCACAAGAUUCCAAGGGCCACCAUUUGUAUACUUUAAGAUGUGCAUUAGCAAGUAAAUUUUAUGAAUACAUUAUAAUUAAUUUAUGAGUGUAAUAACUUUGAAUAGUUUUACAACUUUUUCAAUUUUUUUUUUUUUUUUUUUUUUUUGAGGAAAAAUAUAUGUGCCUUGUAUUGCAUUUUAUGACUUUAAACGUAUAUCGUUCUAGGUUCAAGCUGCUAUAACACAUUCCACUCCUGGUGAAAACUCCAACACUUCUUAGCCAUUCUGAGCAGUUUCUUCAGACCCAUCAUACUUAACUGUGUUCUGUGCCAUUUCAAGAAUUUAAUGAGUUUUUCACAACAUUGUACUUAAAAUUUUGUUGCUUCUGGUUUAUUCUUGCUAAUCCCAUGUAUACUUAUGUUGUCAAAAUAUGGACUUACAACAGCAAAAUUCAAAUGUUUUUUUGUGUAUUGAUCCUUUACUCAAGAAUAAACAUUGGAAAUUACAUUGCUUUUUGUUAAGCCACAACUACACAAUUGUUAUUCUUUCAAGAUAUUUACUCUGCUUAAUUUCACUGAUUAUGGGAGUCAGCAUGGUGAGAAGCAACAUAUCAGUCAUCCUUGGGACCUAUACUGCAUGGUGUUCUCAAUUGCAGAUAUUAGAGAGUCCUUAUCUGUUGAGGCUCUGUUGACAUCCUGCAUGCAGUCUCCAUAUUCAAUUUUGUGAAUGAAUAAACAUGGGCUUCUGUUACCUUUGGAACCUUGCAGGUUUGAUUAAUUCACAAACCAAGUAUUUUGAUGUGGAUGUCAUUACAUAGCCUCACAAUGUCAUGCGUAGCCCCAGCUGUGGUUUUGCCCUUGUGUGCGGCAGCAGUCCCUAGGGUCAGCUAGCGCUCCCCUACACUUGGUUGGUUGUGUGGGCUCUGUGGGCUGCCCUACCCCCUGCCUGUCAGGUUUGGGCUCCAUUUGAGCCUCUGGGCUCGGUUUUGUGUGCAAGUUGAUAAACUGGUUACCACUAAGAGAGUGAUAUCAGCCACUGCUGCUGUAUAUUGUUUCAAGUCCUUGUAGUGACCUGGUGGAGCAGUGAUGUGUAAUAUUGCACACAAAGUCUUAUCCAAGGCUCUGGUUCAGUGCUUUUCUUUCUCUCUCUGUCUCUCUGUAUUUUAACUUAACUGCCUCAUAUGUAUGCUGGACUGGACUGUUGGAUGUUUUAUAUUACUUGGAUGUUAUAUACAAUUGCAAGGACCUCUCAAAAAUUUCCUGCUACUGCUAUUAUAAUAUUACUAUUUUUUUAAUAUUACUAUUAUUAUCAUCAUCACCAUCACUAUUUAUUGAUCAAUGUGAAUUAUAUUAACAACUUAUUUUCCCAAACCUCCCUCACCAGCCAAUUUCAGAAUUUUUUUGUCUUUUUAAUCAAUUUACUUUGUUCUAACAAAUCCAAAAAAGAUUUUGCAGUGACAAUUUUUUCCGGGAUCUGAUAUUUCUCAGCCCAUUAAUGGGAAGGUAGUAGUUUUAAUUUAUUGAUAUAGUUCUGUAUAUAUUAUUUUAAAAAGAGAUUUUAUUUUAUUUCAUGAUAUUAUUCCUUUUAUUUUGUUUAUUCAGUGUUUUUACUAUGCAUGCUAUUUCACUAUUGAUCUUCUAAGCUCCGUGUCAUGACAAAGUCUGUAAAUGAAGCUCUUAUUCUUCUUCUAUUUUUGGAUAUAUUAUAUACAUACAUUUUAUUUUUUCAAUAUUUUCUUUUCUAAAUAUUUAUUUAAAUUUAUAUUAUUGAUUUCUUUGAAUGUCGUAUGUCCAUUUCUCUCUCUUUCUUUCCUUGUGUCUUUCUUUCUUGUGAGUGGAAAACUUAUUUAUAUACAUUACAUAUUUUUUAAAAAGAAAGAAAGCUUAGGAACUUUUGAGAUGGUCCUUGAAUACAAAAGAUAUGAAAGUAUCAAAAAUACAGAAUUAGGACAGUACUCUGAAGAAGAUAAACUUUUUUUUUUCUCCUGGAACUCUUAAAAGAAACUUGGUGGGUACAAAAUACAUUUAUAUGAAUAUGUCUUAAUUGAUUUUUAAUUUUUUUUUAUGUCCCUUAUCAUCUUUACACGCAUCCAAUCGUGAUGCCAGGAUUUUGAGUUCUUUGUCCGCCUGGACCAUAUACGAAAGUGCUUCACUCAGAAAGGAGGAAUUUUUGUACUAGAGGAAUACAAUCCUAAGACACGGCAAGUUAUACAACGAAAGUAUAAGUCAUCAAUGGCUAGUUUCUUGAACCUGGCUAUGCACCGAGUGAUUUCUGUAAACAUUGCUCAGCAGUUAUCAGUUUUGGAACGUCCUGCUGCCUGAUGUGCAUGUCACAUUCUGCCUGUACAUUAUCAGAUCAAAUCUGUUAUGCUGUACUCUGCGUAUUUUCAUAUAUCGCAGCUGGUCAAGAGCAGCGUCGAUUAAUGCAAAGUGAGGCACAAGGUGGAGCAACACCAAAACAUCACUGACAUAUCUAGCCAUUUGAAGGAAAUAGACCAACAUCUCAGAUUAAUACCACUGUGCCACACAGUGUUUGUACUCCGUACUGUUUGCCUUGGAAGUGAUGAUGUAAAUAUGAUAUUGAGGCAUGUGAUGUAAACAAGAAUUUCAUCAUUACUCUUUGUCUCAGGUGAAAGAUUAAAAUUGAUUUUCGUGUGUAAGUGACAUUAUGUGCGUUCAAGAAUCUUGAUUUCCAAAAAUUAAUAAGAAUUAUAAUUGCUCUCUAAUUUAAUAUUUUGAUAAUUGAAAAUGACAAAAACUGAUGUCAUAUUGAAAAGGUCUUGUAUUGAAUUGUAGCUGAACUUUAUUCAGCAUAUUAGAAUAACAUUUUACAAUGUUGUUUUAUUUCUCUGAGAGUUAUUCUGAAAUUGUGUGAACUGAUGUGAACAAAAUUUUUUUUGUGGAUGUUUUCUCUUAUUCUAUUUAAUAUUUUUCUGAUGGCUGUUCGUGAUAUAUAUUGAAAGUUGAAAAGUAUUUCUGACAAAAGUAUACUUCUGUUUUAUGACAGUAACCUCUCACAUGGGUGAAUUUUGCAGAUUGUUAAAACAUAUUAAAAAGACUUCAAGUAAUAACAGAGGUGGACCCAGAAUUUUCCUUGGGGGAGAGAGCUAUUUAAUACAGUGUUGAGCUAACUGGGUGUUUUGUUAUAAAGAAUUUUUCAUUUAUGAUAAAUAUAAAAUGUUGACGAAUAGUUAAUAUUUUUAAUGCAAACAAUUAAGAUAUUGAAUGACUUUAAUUCCUACAAAAAAAUAGUGAAAGCUAAAUUUUUUAAUAUGUAUCAUUGGCUUGGAGGGUGGGAGCUGAAGCCCUCCACAUACACACACACACACACAUACACACACACACACCUGGGUGUGCCACUGAGUAACAAUAAAAAUAGUAUUGUUAUUUGUUUUAUAAUUGUUUAUUUACAAUGGAAGUAAAGAUCCUAACCAUGAUUGAAUUAAUUGUUUAUGCAUUGAUUAUGUUCAAUACUUCUCUCUAAAUUCAAUAUUAUUAUCUAUGUAAAUGUUGGAUGUGGUCUUUCACUUGAGACAAUUGACAAUAAUGAGUAGUCUUUUGUAUUGAUUGAAGUUUUGUAAUGUAAAUAAUGUAUAGUGAAUACAUGUGUUUGUGUGCACAUCUGAUUGUAUGAAGUCAGAGUUAAAUUAAAAUUAAAGGAAUUAUUCUUUUAGAUGCUAAUACACAAAGGUUCAGUCAAAGUUAAUAUGGUAAAGAAUAUAUAUUUUGAUAGUUUUGCUAGUGUUAGUUAUGAAACAUGUUGGCUCCUUCAAGAUUUAUUUUUAAUAUUGUACAUGUAUUACGUUAAAUUCACUUGUACUAAUCAAGAAGUUAAUCUUACAUUCUUUAAGACUUUCCUCUACUUUAAUGAGUUAAUGUAUUUCUAGUAAAUUCAUUUCUAACAAAAGAAAGAGAGAAAGGAAGGAAGAAGACAAGAAUAGACAAAAAAUUGUGCUCGAUAGCUUAGAUGAUUCUCACAAGAAAUGCUACACAAGUUAUGGUUGUGUGAAAUGAGGAUACAGAAAAAAGGUGUCAGCUGAUACUUGGUAAUAUUUAAUUUGGAUACAUAAGAAUCAUUGGAAUGUAUGCCACACAUUAUGUACUUAAGCCAAUACUUAAAAAAUGUAAGCAUACACCUUUUUUGUCCUGAAUUGCAAACAAGAUCUUGCUAUUUCAGUGAAUGCAGAAACCUCAUUGACACAUAAUGUAUUGUGAUCUAUUUAAUACUAUAUAGAGUUGUUCUGAGAAGUAAUUGAUGAGAUCUGAAAUUUAUAGCAAUUGUAAUUGAAUGUGAUAUCAAUUAAUAUCUAAAAAGUGCAAGAGAUUGAUAAUUCCUCUUGCGUGUUUUUUCCCUGUACUAAGUUCAUUAAAACUUCAAAAACUUUAUUUUACUUUUGAUAUCUGAAAUAUUAACUGAUCAAUUGCAUAUUAUAAAUGACUAGAACCUGAUUCUCCUCAAUGGAGUGGAGGUAUAAUUGAUCUGUUUUGUGAAUAAGAGGAACAGAAAUAUCAUAUCUCAUAGGAUUGAAAGUAUGCUCAGUUGCAGUGCUAGUGACAGACUUUUUGAUAAUAGUGUUAUGUACUGUUACAUUUGAGAGAAAGUCUGAAAUUGUUUUAUGUGGUUAAUGAAUGAAACAUAAAAAUUACAUUAUUGAUAGUUGUUUCAUUAAAUUCAUUCUGUAAGAUCCAAAUUGCAUGCAUCAUUUCAUGUCAAUCUUCUUGCUGGCCAUUUUGCCGUACAUUGCUUGGAAAAUAUAUCUUACAGAGGAAUUAAAGACUGUUUGUUAGAACUGACUUGAUUAAUCUGUGUUGUAUCAUAAUUCAUAUAUUCUUUAUAUUGGAUUUUGUGUAACAUUUCUAUUUUCUCUUUUCGAUACUAUAAACCUUUGUGUAAUAAAUCAAUAUAUUUUCAAAUUAUAGAAUUAUUAUGGCCUAAUUUUGUCAGAAAUGCCUUUAGCAAUAUGAAUUUAGGAUAUUGAAAUUUUUAUGAAACUUCUAUGCAAUUGAGCAUUCUUAUCAACGACAUUAUAUCACUGAUUUUAAGGUUUUGGCAUUGUUGAUCCUUUUCAUGUAAAAGUUUACAAUAUGUUGUGGUAUUUAAAUGCAGUUUUUAGAAUAUUUUUCAGAGGCUUACACAUUUCAUUCCAGUUUAACAUUGAUAAAAUUGGUGAAAAAGUACAGAAGAGGAAAUAUGAUAGUAGGCCUUUGAAAUUGUUAUGUAUCAUUACUCUCAUACAUUUUUGAACGGGUAAAAAUGAAGAUAUAUGCUGCAUCUUGUUGGUGUUUACUUAUUCAAAGACUUAACUUCAUCGUGAUACAUGAGUAAUUUCCAUCUGAAAGUAUGAAUGUGAUAAUCUCAUUCCUUCAAUGUGUAGAUAUAAUGUAAAAAUGUAAUUAUGUACAUAAAUGUAUAUUUUGAGGUAGUUUGAUUGUGAAUUGCCAAGGUUGUGCCUCAAAAAGAUAGAUUAUUAAUGCUGAAUAUGAGUGGUUUCCUCUCACGGGUGUGCUUGUUUCAUCAUUCAGGUGGUUUCUUAUAAAGUUUCGUGGAGUUUUUGCUCACACCAUUCCACUGAGCAUAUAUACAUAUAUUCAAAACAUAUUAACACUUAUUUUGCAUUAUGUUAUGACAAUUCAAAUAAGUAUAAUAAAUGAAUUAUCUUGACGUGUACUCUUGCAAUAGGUGCUCAUGUUCUUGAGUAUGUUUUUGGAAAUAAUAAUGGUAAGAUCUCGGAUAUAACUGAGAUUGUUUGUGUUUUGGUCCCUUGUUACGUGUCUAUUAUUAAAAUAAAAUAGUUUUGAUAUUGUAAUUUUUCCUUGUGACAGUUUUUCAAAAUAUAAUGUUAUAUUCUUUACCUCAUGAAAUAGUUAGAUGUAUUUGAUUUUCUUCCAAGAUCUGGGAACUGUGUCUUCUGGUCAAAAAUAUCUUCACUCAUCACUUUCAGUAUUAGGCUCAAUAUAUUUUAUCUUCACUUCUCUCACUUUUGUGAUUCUAUGGUUUUGAUAUCUAAAUUAGGACUGAAUUUAUUCAGUUUGUGUUGAUGCCAGUUACGGGUUUUAAUUAAAAAAUAUUCUAUAUCAUACAUACCAAAUGUAAUUAUGUAUGUGAACUUAUA